AUGGCAGGAAAACUGGAACGGUGUGGUCCCAAAAACUACAUUGGAAAUAACCUGGUGGUAAACAUGGACCACAACAUGGAAAGCUUAGUUAUCGCAGGUAACAACUGCAACAUCUUGGUGAAAAGAAAUAAUGGCAAAUUGAAGAUUAUAGGCGACUGUUGUAAAGUUUCUGUCAACGACGGUGAUGGCACUAUCAGAUAUGUUGGAAAUGGAGGUGAAAUUUCAAUUGGAAUGGGGGUCUCCAAGGAUCUGGUGACUUAUACAGGAAAAUAUGGAAGCAUCAUCGAAUCGGAUCUAGUUGAACCUGCACAAAACUUAGUUUCAAUUAAGAAGAACGCUGGGUAUCGUGCUAGGAGCAGGUGUCAGAUUAUUGACAUUAGCCACGGUGUGGUGAUUAGACAUGUCUUGUGA